AUGGGCCAACAGCCCGGCAGCCUCGCCUGGGGUCAUGUCUCCACCGGUCUCAGCAACCCGCAGCCCACCACUGCCUCGGGCGUCGUCGGCUCUGGCACCGCAAACACAUCCUCGGCAUCGGCUUCGAUCGACCCUGCUGCCGCCGCGGCUCACUCCUCGGCUCUGCAGACCUCCCAGUUCAUGAGCCACGAUCCCAGCAAGAUCCCCACCCACAACUCCCUGUCCUUCUCCAACCCGCAGGUCAACACCGCCCCGAUGCACUACCGCCAGGGCCAAGAUUCACACGCCUAUCCCUCGCCCUACCAUCACCAGCACCAGUCGUCGCCCAGCCCCGCCACCCCGAACUUUAUGCAACCGCCCGCCCACGCCUCGCAGUCGUACCCGCCGCACCCGUACCAGUCGUACCUGCCUCCGUCCUAUCCGCCCUACCACCACCCGUACUCGCAUCCCUUUUCAAACUCGCAGCCUGGCCACCCCAUGGUCCAUCCCCUCGAUCCUCGCCCGGAUCUGCUCAACAACUCGCCCACCCACAUCCAGCCGCUUGCCCAGGCUCCCCAUCCGCAACAUCCUGCCGCCAACGUUCUGUCGCCCUCGUCCCAGGUCGGCUUCAACCCGCGCGGCACUGCCAAUCCGCCUGUUGCUGCUGCCGCCGUUCAGGCUGCCUCGGCCACCGUUGCUCCAGCUACAGUCUCUGCUCCGCACGCCAGCUAUCCAAGCCCAGCGCCUCCCACUACCCCGGCUGCAACCCCGACCAAGACGCCAAAGUCGAGGUCCAGGGGCUCCAAAGCUGCAGCCGCUGCAGCCGCCGCUGCUGCCAAGGCCGGCGAGUCUUCCAACGAGCCAUCGUCGUCCAUUUCGUCGCAGCCUGUGACUCCCAAGACGACCGGCGCUGCCGCAAACGGCAAGAAUACCUCGCCAACCGACGAUGCCGACAAGGUCAAGCGCCCGCCCAAUGCGUUUUUCCUGUACUGCCAGACCCGCCGUCCGGAGCUGCACAAGCAGGACACACACAUGUCGACGGCGGCCAUGAGCUCGAUCAUGGGCAACGAGUGGGCCGCCAUGGAGGAGACGGCCAAGGAAAAGUGGAAGCUCAAGGCCACCCAGCUGCGCGACGAGUACAAGAGCAUCAUCGCCGCCAACCCCAACCGCCGCAUCCGGAAAAAGUCCAAGCUCACACCGACCCAGGCCCAGACCGGCGGGCCAGGUGCGCCCGGAUCCAAGUUCCACUCGGCUGUGGAGUCGCUCAAGCGGCCGCCCAACUCGUACAUUCUCUUCAACAAGGACAAGCGCAGUGAGAUCCAAGCCAACAACCCGCACCUCGGCGUCGGUGAGAUCUCGCGGCUCACGGCUGAUGCCUGGAAGCAUGCCAGCGAGGAUGACAGGAUCAAGUACAACGACAUGGCCAAGGAGAUGAAGAAGGAGUGGAGCCAGAUCCAGAAGACUGCCGGCGGAAAGAAGCGCAAGCGAAUGGAGAAGGCAGCCAUGGCGGGCCAGCUGGAAAAGCCCAAGCACCCCACCUCGGCCUUCAUCUUCUACCUGCUCGAGGUCCGCAAGAUCUACCACGCCCAGAACCCCAAAGAUUCCAUCGGCCAGAUCUCCAAGCGCAUCUCCGAGGCCUGGAAGGGCCUGGACGAAGCCGAGCGCCGCAAGUGGAUGGACGUGGCCAAGAACGACCAGCUCCGGUAUGCCAAGGAGAUGGAGGCCUAUCGCAAGAGCAUGGGCGAUGUCAAGGGCGCCCGCCACUUUAGCGCCAAGGUCCAUGAUUCGAGUGCGGCUCCGCUAGCGGCCGUCGCAGUCACUCAAACAGCGGCUGCAGUUGUGGCUGUUGCCGUUGCCCCCGACUCCUCGGACGAUGCCCUUGACGAGAGCAAGCACAUCGGCAACGGCGAGGCUGCGUCCUCUGCGGAGUCCCACACCAACGAUCCCCAGGUGCCCGAUACCGCGGAUGUGGAUGCGGAUGCGGACGCGUCGGUCGAUCCCUCGGAAGUCAAGCCCAAGCUCGAGUACGAGCUCGAGUUUGAUUCCACCGGAGUCAACGACGAGAGUCUGCACAUCCAGGCCGAAGCCGUGCUGAAGCACAUCGAGGAGAACCCCGACUCGCUUGCCAUGGAAGAAGACGACGAGGAAGAGGAGGAGGAUGACGAGGACGAGGACGACCUCGACCACCACCAUCACCACCACCACAGCCACAACCCCGACGACGAAGAGGACGACGACAACCUCGACAAGUACGCUGCCACGCACGACUACGAGGAGGAGGACUCGUUCGAACAAGGUGCUCCCGUCGACGGCGGUCUCAUCCUCUCUGGCGGUGACGUCCUCGGCAAGGAAUCCUCGGCCGACCUCGAGCAGGACCCGCAGCCCGCUGCUGCCAUGGCCGAGGACUCGCUCGAGCACGACGACGGCGAGGUUGGCGAGUCGUCCGCCGCCGAGGAUGGUAUGGGCGAGAUCUCUCACGACAGCCACGUCGAUGACGAUGGCAGCGCCGCCGAAGACCACGCCAUCGAGAACAACCCGUCGGGGUCGUUAGACCUGGCCAACUCGCAGCCCGACGAGAGCAAGCCCUUGGACGGCGACAACUUUUAG